AAAGUUAAAUAAAAUAUUGUUUGGAUAUGUGGAUCAGUUUAGACACCUAAAUGAGAAGAUAUGCAUGUUUUGUGCAUUAAUGUGGCAGUAAAUAUGGCUCACAUAGCUGUAUUUCUGUUUGAAUUUGUUAUAUAGAAAAAAUAUACAUUGUACAGUUGAAUAAUAAAUAAAAUAACAUAGAAAAGCAAAAUAUUUAUAACAAUAAAUGUUCAUUAAUACUACUAAAAUAAUAUAUAGACAUGUAAAUAUGUAUACAACGAAGUUAUUUUGUCUCUACAGGUACAACAAAAACACUUUGUAGCUCAGAAAUCACUCCUGGCUGUGAUUCCUUUACUUUGCUCCAUGUGUUUAGUGCGCAUGCCCAGUCAGUGGGGGUCUGCUCCAUCCGGGAACUUCAGAAUUACCAUUGACAGCCGAAGCGCAACUUUUCCUCAGGCAAAGUGAAAUCAAGGCGCGGACUCGGACAAAAUAUAGUCCCCGAUUUUUAACUCGAAAUUACCGAAAGGAACGGCGAACCGGUACCGCUUUGGACCCGUCCAAGUUUGACUGUGCCCCGGAGAGCAGCCGUGCCGUACUCGGGCCCGUUCCGUGGGGUUUGGAGCACUUUUGGAGACGGGCGGAAAGUGGGUGAUGAGUCCCAGCCUGUGUAAAAAGAAGCGAGAACUUGCUCUGCAGCCUGGAGUAGUUCUUCUUUCAAUUGUUAUUGUCGCUUUAAAAAAAAUCUUUAAUUCACUUAAACUUGGUCUCGGCCGCGUCCAAAGUGGGAGAAAAGUGUUUUCCUGGUGGGAACAUGGAACUACAAGGCCUACAAGAGGCGCUGAAAGUGGAGCUCCAGUGUCAUCAGAACCAGACGUUGUGCAAAGGCCUCAAUGAGCUUCAGAACGGCCAGAAGCUGGCCGUCCGAAGCUGUCCCGUGGGGACCACCAAGCCGCUGUCGCUCAUCAAGCCCCCCAGCCAGGGCAUCGCGAUCUCCGUGGUGCCGGCCAAGGCCCCCGUUUCCAUGGUGACCGCGCACAUUAACGGCCAGAAGGCGGCGGGGCCGGAGCCGCUGCAGGCGUCCCCAAUAAACCUCCAGGCGGCCGGUGCCGGAGUUGUUCCGUUCAGCGGCGGCAGGAGAGCCGGGGAGCUGCUGGCUCCCUCCCAGAUGCUGGGAACUCUCACUGCUCUGCCCAUCAAGGUGCCUCAAGUCAGCUCUCUGCACCGGCUGGCAGGACAAGCAGCCACUGUGCUACCUCAGGUCAGGCCAAAGACCCAGAUCCCCGACAGCCUCCCCCACAGUCCCUGCCAGGAGCUGCAGCCGCUCAGCCUGCAGAGAGUCACAGCUGUGGUCAGCCCCAAGAGCCAGGCCCCCACCCUGCCCACCGCCAACAGCACCUUCAGCUCCGACCACCAGCAGGUCAGCCAGAGCAACGCCUCUCCGUCAGCAGGUCCCGACCUGGGCCACGCCUCUGCAGGGCCCGGCGUGGCCUACGCCAUCAUCGCCGCCUCAACUGCCACCGGGAAAGGCGUGUCGGCAGUCAGCGAAGCCGUAAAGGUGAUAAUAAUCCAGCCGCAGGCCCCCAGCAGCACCGAUGGGUCCCCAGCUGACCUCCCUUCACAGGAGGCUCCCACCGUAAAAUCUCCUCCAAAGAAGAAGAAGAAAGAGGAGGACCCAGAGAAAAUCGCCUUCAUGGUGGCCCUUGGCCUCGUUACCACAGAGCAGCUGGAAGGUGAGUUCACUCCGACUCCCAAGCUGGAAACAAACGGAGCCAGCCGAGUCUUUAGAGGUCCGUUUUGCUUUUCAGAGAUCCAGAUGAAGAGGCAGGAGAGGAAGAGGAGAAGCACAGCCAACCCAGCCUACAGCGGCAUCUUGGAGCCCGAGCGGAAACGCCUGCCGUCACAUUACCUGAACAGCUCCCUCUACCUGUCGGCACGAGAGGAUUUCUGCUGGAAGGAGGAGCUGGAGCAUGACGACCGCUGCGCCGUCUGUAAGGAGGACGGAGAGCUGCAGCUCUGCCACAACUGCCCCCGAGCCUUCCACCCCAGCUGCCUCCACCCGCCCAUCAGAAGCCCCCCCAGAGGCGCCUGGUACUGCCCCAAGUGCCAGAAGAAGGUCCUGAACAAGGAGAACCUGUCGUGGCCUCAGAACUUUGUCCAGUCCUACGUGACGCACAAGACGGUGAGGCAGGAGGAGAAGCGGCGGCUGCUGAGACGAAACAACGAGUUGAAGAAGGAGUGCGCUCACCUGGAGGAGCAGGACAAGAACCUCAACAAGACGCUCAAAGUCUGCAUGGACCAGAGGGAUCGACUCCUCGGUUUGCAGCGCGACACUCAGGCGUCGCUCGACCGCAUCAAAACACUCAUCAGGCUCAUCCAGCGGGACCAGCUGGUCCAGGUCACCAUGACGACCAUCGCCACGCUCCCCCAGCUGUGGAUGAAACCCAUCAGCACCGCCGCCAUGGUGGCGGCGCCGUCAACUGCGCCGCUGCAACCGGGUCAAGACGACGUCGCCAACUAGACCCAACGUCUCUGAAGUGUUUUCAAACCCAACACCUACAGUGCUUAACGAGAUUUUUUUAAGUUAUUUUCUAUUUAUUCUUCGCCUUAAUGUAUUUAUUACGAACCGGUAGAAUCCAGCUUCCGAGCGGCUGUACAGCGAUUUAUCCGAGUAGACGUUCGUUUCCAUCCUGUGAACAAAGUUCCUGCCAUACGACUUCAGGAAAACGUUUCCACACGCAGACGAGCCUUCAAACAAAACAGAGAACUACGAUUUUCUCAGUAUUUAUAGAGUUAAAGUCAAAGAAAAAAAUAUUUAAGAUUAAACUACAGAAAUUAGCUUUUUAGUGCAGAUUUUAGUAUUUUCAUGCCGAUGCCUGUUGAUAAAUGUCUGGAGUAUUGAGGGGAAUCACUGUACAUACGUGCUUUCAUCAUCAUCAUCAUCUAAACAGAUGAGACUGAUUGGACAGGUUCAACUUUUCCUUAAGACGCAGAAAGAAAUCUUUACCACUGAAUGGAUAUUAAAGGUGUAAAACAUCUCAAACACUAAACAAUUAACUGAUUAUUAGUGUUUUGUUGGUAAAUUCAGCUUUACUUGCCACUUUCCUCAGUUAAAGUCAAAGCGCCAAGAGCCUAAACUUCACAUUUUCUAAAAGUGUGCAACGUUUGAACAGCUCAAUAGAAGGUCCUGGAGUGGCCUAAUCAAAGUCUGGACUUGCAUCUAAUUCACACUUUGUGGUUUGACUUUAAAGUCUCCAAAUUGAAGCAAUUCUGCAAAAAGAGGGUCAAAAUUUAUCACCAGCUAUCAGAGCUACAGAGAAUUUACUUUUUAUUUUUUACUCUGGAACAAACAAACUCAGUGGGCGGGAUUAAGGGAGAACCUGGCGUCUGAUUGGCUGUUUCAAACUGCAAGGAUUCUUUCAAGUUUACUGGAAGGGUAGAAAUUAACUUAAGUUGUAUUUUAUUUACUACAAACUCUAGGUGACCAACUCCAGCAUUUAUAUCUUUAAUAAUUCAUUAAUAAACUCGCUGGUUCUGUCAGACAAGAUUAGCAUUAGCUAACACCGGCUAACACUCUCUCCUGAACUUGAGAGAUUUCAGACCAAACUAGAUAUAAAAGCUGCAGUUUGUCACUACAAAUUACAAGUUAAUUAUGCUAUUAAAGCUACUCCUGCACUUUCUGCUGAAGAUAUUGAUCUCAGAGUCAUACCAAACUUUGAAGGAGUUCUCUUCACUUUCGGGUUGAAGCAGCCAAUCAGACGUCAGGGAUUCCUCUAGUCCCGCCCACUGGGUUCUAUGGUGAAGUAGAUAGUUUAAAUUCAUAAAGUGCUUCGGCAAAGGAACAUGAAAUAAUUUUGUUUUUGUUUCUGCGUCUUAAAGGCAAAUGGAAACUCGCCCCAGCGAACGUGAUGCAUCCAUUCCGCCCCUCCCUCUUUAACCAGUAUGGAAAAUAUGCCAAAAACGUUUUUUUGUGUGUGCAUUUUAUAUUUUCUGUGUAUUCUGAGCGAAAGAUGAACACUGCCUCACAUUGUUUCAGGGUUUCAGUCUUUGUUGUCGUAUCAGUUUUUUUUAUAUUAACAAUAAAAUAGAGAAAAGAAAAGCAGCAGAAUCAGGACGUCUCCGUCGAGCUGCAACAACAGUCGCGAGUCUUCCUGCCGUCCGGAGGCGUCCCGCUUCAACGCUUCCAUCGUUUUCUGUUUUUUAUUAUUAAGUUGUGGUACUGUACUCAACCAAUCAGUGGAGGUGCAGCUCUCUGAUGCACAAACAUGAACAAAAAGCAGAGAAAAAAUAAGUUUUUUUUUAUCAGAAAAGACGAUUAGAAUCAUAUCCAGCUCACCUGUUUGGUCUCUGAAGGAUCAACGCUGCAGGACUCUGAAAGUCUGUUCACCUUUUCUGCUUUAAGCUGCAGAGAAAAAACAAAAACAGUCAGUUUAAAGCAACAUUUACAACUUCACCUGAAAGCAAAAUCAGCUUCAAUUUUAGUUUGAAAGUUAGAAAAAAAUACUUUAUAUUUACAAGACAAUAAAAAGAAAAUUAGCAGUUGCAUGCUAAAAUAAAAAUGUAUAACCCAUUUUUUGUUCUUUUACAUCAUACGACUGAGUCAUUUUGGCAUCAAUGAAUGCAAUUAGAUAACGUUGCUCAGUUCUACAAAAAAUUUAAGAUUUUUAGACACAUUUAUAUCAAAUAUCUCUGAACCAUAUGGAGAGGACAAGUCCUCAACACAUCUGAAAAUAAAAUAAAAAAUGUACUUUUGUUUUAUUUUUAUUUUACAAUAAAAGUUUUUUAUUUAAAAAAUAGAAUUUAAAAAAUGUAGGCAGCAAAUUCUACAUUGAAUAAAAAUCAGUAAAUGCAAUCAGAUGAGUUAAAAUUGUUUAAUUUUUCUGGUUUUAAUUUUACACAGGCCCUUUUAAACAUUUUGUUUUCCAAUAUACUAAGAUGUAAAAAAAAAAAAAAAAAAGAAAUGACAAAUAUAGAGUGAUGUUCAAAAUUAGAAAAGCCAAAAAAAAUCAUCUUUCCUAGUUUGUUUUUUUUCCAGAAUUUUUAUUAUUUAUUUUAUAAUUGCUGUAAUGCGCCGUCGUAGAAAAUAUUCUUUGAACCAAUCUGGAAGUGAAGCUGCCUGGAAGUUUUAACUGUACCAGCUCUACUAGUGCUGAUGCCUUUGAUAAUUUUCUGCUUAAAAGGUGAACAGACAACUUUCAGAGCAACUAAAGUAAAUAUUUAUAUCAGAUUUAUUUUUAUUUCCUGUAAGACAAGUUUCGGAGCAACUUGAGGAAGUAAAUAUUUACUCAAAUUACCUUUUGUUUCCUGCUGGUGGCGCUCUUUCAGAGUCCAACCUGCCUUCAUGAGAGAAUAAAUCAUCAUCAGUUAGUCUAUAACAUAAGAGGGCUUUUAUUUUGAAAUGUGCCAUGUGAUGCAUAUCAAGUCCUCACCUGAGAGGUGAAAGUUCAAACCGAGAUGGAAACCAUAUCAGUUUAAAAAAAAGAAUAAUAAAGAGAAUCCCACUUUCCUCCUCCUCCAUCCAUUUCUAGGAAUCUUCUCCGGGAGAAACUGUGCAGUGCUUAAACAAAUCUAUUUUACUACACAACACAACAUUUGAACAAAACAAAAAGAAGAAAAAACAUUUUUAUAUUCUUUUAUCGAGGAGCCAAGAGAAACCAGAGGAGUUUGUGUAGAUGGAGGUGAAGUAGAAGUUUCUGUUCGUCAGUGGAAGCGGGGAACUGUCCGGUGGAUAGUGUGUAUAGGAAGUGUUUGUCUUAAAUAUGCCAACGUAGUUUUUCCUUCUUUCUGAUGCAUUCAAACGCUGAUGGACGGAGGAUCGAUGGUUAAAGAGUAGUCUCACCUUUUGUACCAAGUUCUUACAAAAACAUGGAAUCAUUAAUAAACAAAGUCAAGAACAAAAUGGC